GUUUACGUUUGUUUGUUUUUGGCGCGUUUUAGAUUCUUGCUUAUUUUUAAACUUAAGAUACCACCGCUAAAUAUGCCGGAGGCGGAACAGGACUUGGCCAAGACGAGGCGAUUCCUAAAGGAGCGCCUGCAGCGAGACUACACCACUUUGAGGGGCUACGCGGAGGAGCGCUCCAAUGUGCGUCAAUUGCUGCAACGCACUGCGGAAAUGGGCGAGUCCAACUCCCUGCUGCUCAUUGGACCGCGAGGAUCCGGCAAGACCACGCUCAUCAACGCCGUGCUUGUGGAUUUGCUGGCCAACAAAUCGUUCGUGGAGAACACGCUGAUCGUUCACCUGGACGGAAACCUCCACACAGACGACCGCGUGGCCCUCAAGUCCAUUACCGUGCAGAUGCAACUGGAGAAUGCCGCAAAUGGACGUGUCUUUGGGUCCUUUGCCGAGAACCUGGCCUUCCUGCUGCAGUGCCUCAAGGCGGGCGGCAAGCAAUCGAAGAGCGUGGUCUUCAUCCUUGAGGAGUUCGAUCUGUUCUGUGCCCACCACAAUCAGACGCUGCUCUACAACCUCUUCGACGUCUCCCAGUCCGCCCAGGCGCCCAUCUGCGUGCUGGGCGUCACCUGUCGGCUGGACGUGAUCGAGUUGCUGGAGAAGCGGGUCAAGUCGCGCUUCUCGCACCGGCAGGUUUUUCUGUUUCCCAGCUCGGAGCGCUUCGAGGAGUACGUGACCCUGUGCCGGGAUCUACUGUCCCUGCCCACCGGCAGUUCAAUUCAAGCGGCAGCGGAACGCGUUGAUGGCUUGCAGAAGAUCCGGUCGGAGGCGCUGUGCUUCGCACGCAACCACUUCGACCCCGGUGAGUACUCCUUCUCACCGAGAGUCCGUGAGAGCUGGAACAAGCAGGUGGCCAAGGUACUGGCCUCCCAGCAGGCUCAUCGCACCCUACAGUCGCUCUACGACUUCGACAUCAGCGAGGCCUUCCUCAAGAGCUUCCUGUUCCGCCUGGUGGCCCAGCUCCGGCCACAAUCGCCCCACAUCACCGCCGAGAAAAUGGCCGCACUGGGAUCGCAGUUCGAAGGCGACGACAAGAUCGAGCUGCUCUGCGGACUCUCCGUUCUGGAGCUGUGCCUCAUCAUCUCAAUUAAGCACCACUCGGAGAUCUACGACCGCGAUCCCUUUAACUUCGAGAUCAUCUUCGCUCGCUUCUCCAAGUUCGCCAAGGUGUCCACCACGAUGCAGGGCGUGGAGCGGUCCAUCGUGUUGAAGGCCUUCGAGCAUCUGCGCAUCGGAGAGUUGAUCAUGCCGCUGUCCGGUGGAGCAGGCGGCGGUGUGGGCAAGGUGCAGAAGGAGUUCGAGAUGCACAAGCUGGCUUUGACCUACGGCCAAAUCCAUCAGGCUGUGCAGCGAUACCAGGCUCUGCCCACGGAGGUGGCCCAGUGGGCGCAGAGCUCACUGAUCUAGAUCUGAGACACCGGUCUCAUUCCCUUAAUCGAAAUCAUUAUUUCCUUAAUUGUUUGUAUUUAUUUAUUAUUUUUAAUAAAGUUGAAACUUAA